ACGGUUUCACGAGCGCAAAAAGAGCCGCGUCGCGUGGAGAGAAGAAGCGAGGGAAGGAGCUUCAGAUACGAUAGCACAUGUUAGCCUAGCUCUCACACACGACCCUCCUAUCAUUCUUCUGCCUUUUUUAAAUUAUAUAAAAUAUAUUUUUCUGUUUCUUUGUGAUCAUCUGAGCGCAGUUUCAGCCAUGGAGGAGAAAAAGAGCGAGCUGAACGGGCACGCCGUGUCCGCGCCCCCCGCGCCCCCCGCCGGGAAGAGCGGUAAGGAGAAGCUGCUGCUGUUCCUCCGGAGGAACCUCAUGGUGAUCCUCACCGUGUCCGGCGUGCUCGUGGGGGUCGCGCUCGGGCUGGUGGUCCGGCGCGCGGAGCUCACGCGCGCCCAGAUGACUUACUUCGCCUUCCCGGGCGAGAUGCUGCUGAGGAUGCUGAAGAUGAUCAUCCUGCCGCUCGUGGUCUGCAGCCUGGUGUCCGGGGCGGCCAGCCUGGACACGCGCUCGCUGGGAAAGCUGGGCGGCAUCGCGGUGGGCUACUUUCUGGUGACCACCCUCAUCGCCUCCGGGAUCGGCGUGGCGCUCGCCUUCAUCAUAAAGCCGGGCGUGGGAGCAGGAGCGCUCAACACCAACAGCCUCGCGCUGGAGAGCAUCAGCAACAACAAGGAGACGGCGGACUCCUUCCUGGACCUGGCCAGAAACCUGUUCCCGGCUAAUUUGGUAGCUGCUGCUUUCCGCUCAUAUGCAACUGAUUACAAGAUGAUUCCAGUGGGAAACGACACUAAUGGAACUCUCAUCUACCAAAAGCUCCCUGUGGGAACAGAGACAGAUGGGAUGAACAUUCUUGGCCUGGUUCUGUUCGCUAUGGUGUUUGGAGUGGCUUUGCGGAAGUUGGGACCUGAAGGUGAAGAGCUAAUACGGUUCUUCAAUGCUUUCAAUGAAGCCACCAUGGUGCUGGUGUCCUGGAUCAUGUGGUAUGUGCCUGUCGGCAUCAUGUUUCUGGUGGGGAGUAAGAUUGUGGAGAUGGAGGAUGUGGUUCUGCUGGUCACCAGUUUAGGAAAAUACAUCUUUGCCUCUAUCCUGGGUCAUGUCAUCCACGGUGGCAUCAUCUUACCACUUAUCUACUUUGGGUUCACCCGCAAAAACCCUUUCAGUUUCCUGUCUGGACUCAUCACUCCUUUUACCACAGCUUUCGCUACCUGCUCCAGCUCAGCGACGCUACCCUCCAUGAUGAAGUGUGUGGAGGAGAACAAUGGUGUGGACAAGAGGAUCAGCCGAUUCAUCCUACCUAUCGGAGCCACAGUCAAUAUGGAUGGAGCUGCCAUCUUUCAGUGUGUAGCUGCCGUGUUCAUCGCCCAGCUCAACAACGUUGAACUCAACGCAGGCCAAAUCUUCACCAUAUUGGUGACCGCCACAGCAUCCAGCGUUGGAGCAGCAGGCAUUCCAGCUGGAGGAAUCAUCACCAUUGCCAUCAUUCUGGAAGCCAUCGGCCUGCCCACCAAUGAUCUGUCCCUAAUGCUGGCUGUGGACUGGAUUGUGGACCGUACCACCACUGUGGUGAAUGUGGAGGGGGACGCUCUGGGCGCAGGCAUUUUAAACCAUAUAAACGAGAAGGAGCUGAAGAAGCAGAAAGAGCUUGAAGGGCCACAGGAGGAGCAAGAACUUAUGGAGGUGAAGGUGGAGGCUGUGGCAAACGUCCAAGCGGAAGAGGAAACCUCUCCCCUCGUCACACACCAAAACCAGGAAAAAGACGCCUCCUCACGUGACUCAGCCAAUGAGAAGGAUGGCAUGGAGUCAGUGCUGUGAAGCUCCACACUAAUGCUUUCUUUCUUUUUCUCUUUCUUUCUUUCCUCUUCAAACCACUGAAAAAAGGCACUAAUUCAGCUCUGAGCAUUUUAAGCUCUAUGCUGGAUGUUUACUCCUUUUUGAAACCUGGGAACAAGUGCCAUAUCUCCUGAUUGGUUGUAAAAUUGUUGGUAAUAUUUGUUCUGUGGUAUUAGCACAAUAGUGUGGAUGAUAUAGUGAAGCGACCAGUUUUGGUUUACACUGACAAUGUCCUUUAUUGUGCCAAAACAUUUUUCUAUUGAUUUUUAUUGUCCUGAUUUACAUGUUAAGCCUAAAAGGGAAUGUUCCCGAUUUUGAUCAGUUAAUUUACAGACUGACCCCUUGCUCUGUGUAUGUGCUAUAUUUUAACCUGCCAUGUAAAACAUUAACCGUUUUGAUGAUGGACAAGAUAAUAUUUGCUGUAAAUAUUUGCCUCCCUAAUGGCAUGUCUUAUCACAGACUGGCCUUGUUCCAGUCAAGUGACGCUGAAAUUUGAUGGGGAUGGCUUUGCAAGGUGACUGUCUGAGCAUUUGUUCAGGUGCAUGAUUUUCACUGUCAAUGAUACCCCAGGGUUUGUGUUUUUUUUGCAUACAUUACACCUGGUUUUAAAAUUCUGAGUUUAAAUACUUGAAAAAUGUGUAUGCUUAUAAAAAUGUAGAAUGCAAAUUGCAUUGUGUGAAUUGGCAUAUGUAAGAGCACACUGAUUGGAAAUACUCCAGGCACAUUUACUUUCAGUUUCUCAUAUGCAUCUAUGGGCAUUCACUGUGGCGCUGCUGUUAGAGUAUACAGUAGUGACACCCAGUGGUGUAACUAUGAGUGUCACUCAUUCUUAGUAAGCUGUUUUUGUUAAUACUCACCUACUAGUCACUAGUCUGCUUCUACUGGACACAACGCUCCAAAUAGAUGAAAUUAGUCCUGCCUUUAUGUUUGGCUGUUUGGGGAAAAACAUCACUAGUUAUAUUUUGAAUGUAUGAAGAAUAAUAAGUGAUAGGUGAACUAUAAAUGUCUUUGUAUAAUUUAUUUUAAUUUUGUAACUUUUUGUACAAAUUUUAUUGAACAUAUUUUUCUUAAUCUAGCUGCCUACAGCUUCUCCUCUCAAAUUGUUAUUAACUGCUGUUGGCACACUAAUAUCAUUAUAUUUGUUAUUAACUUGAUUAACUUGUAUUUUUAGAUGGUUUUGAUUCCAGUGCAGAUACAUUGUCUUCUUAGAACAGUUAUUGUAACUCUUUUUAAGUACUGCCUAUAUUUCUCAUCUGUUACGUGUCAUUAAAUCAAUAGCAAUGUA